GUGGAGUUCAGCCACUCCCUGUGAGCUGCAUAAAAACGGAUUAGAGACGAACCUGAACUGCAUCCUGCAUCAAACUCCUGCAGCAUCUGGAAGGUCACCUUCAUCAUGAUUCCAGCCGUCCUCUUCCUCCUUUUGUUCUCAGUGACAAAUGUCCUGCUGAGCACACCAGUUGAUGAUGAGGAUGAUGUUGAAACCCCUGAGCUGCUUGAUGACAUCGCCAUCCCCGACACUCGGACCAGGAAUGCGGACCCAUGCACCGCCAGAGGCUGCAAGUGGCCCAAAUCCGGAUGCUUUGUUAACGUGCCCUACGAGAUCUCCUCUGACUUCUCUCAGACACAGCGCAAGUUCAUCAUUGAUGGCCUAAAGAGAUUCCAUGGGCUCACUUGCAUUCGUUUUGUCCCACGAACCUUUCGACAUCGUGACUACAUCCAUUUCUUUUCAGGCAAGGGGUGUUGGUCCUAUAUUGGACGUCAGGACGGAGGACAGAAAAUCUCUCUGCAGAAAAACGGGUGUUUGUACGGCUCCACAGUGCAGCACGAGGUUCUUCACGCUCUGGGCUUCAACCAUGAGCAGGUCCGCUCCGACAGAGACAAAUACGUUUGGAUUCGCUACCAAAACAUUAAGAAAGGAAAGGAGCACAACUUUGACAAAAAGCAAACUAACAACCUGGGGACUCCAUAUGACUUCACAUCUGUCAUGGAAUAUGACAACAAAGCGUUCUCCAAAAAUGGGAAACCAACCAUCGUUGCCAAAUGCAACCCAAACCUGAAGUUUGGACACGCCAAACAAAUGAGCGUCAAUGACAUCGCCCGUGUCAACAAGCUUUACAAAUGCUACAAUCAGAAGUUCAUGGUUUGAAGACGCCGACCUCAGAAGCUGCAGCUGAUCAGAAGCUUCAUCAAAAAACAAACUGAGCUAGUAUAAAAAAAUAAUGCCUUCCUCUUUAAUAAACAGCUGGAAAUUAUGGUUUGGUUUUGGAAAAGGUUUUUUGCCACAAGGUGGAUCACUGAUAACCAUUUAGACAUAAACAGCAAGCAUCACCACAUUUAUGUUUCUGCUUUAUUGUAUUUGCUUUGGUAUUAAUUACUUUGGUAUUUAAGUAAUUAAUAAAUUACUUAAGUACUGAGGGAAAUGUUACAGGAAAAAAUGAAAUUCUGCUUUGUAGUGUUACUUCUGUAGUGAUGUAAUUAAUUUGCCUAAUAAAGAAGCAUGUGUUAAAAAAUGUGAAAUUAUUUUCUU